AUGUAAAAUAUAUUAUUACCUUAUACGAAGGAACUUCAAAGACUUGAAAACUGCCUUGAGGGAAGUUAAGAUGGUGGAGUCUAUUUGAAUCCAUUGCAAGAGUAAAUGCAAAGAGCAAAAUAGAAUGUUUUAAAAUUGGAAUCCAUUCAUGAGAACAAAAAGAAAUUAUAAGCUGAUUAUAGUGCAAAACUAUAAAAGCUAAAUAAUAAGCUGUCCUCAUCAAUGGAACAGAGUUUGAAAAAAAAGGAAACUUAAUUGAUUGCAUUAUCAAAUAAGUUAAAAAAAAAGAAUGUAAAAAGGAAGCCAAGAAAGAUGUCAGUCUAAGAUGAAAUUAAAGAAAUCAAAGAAGAAACUACAGCAAAAGUAGAAUUAGUGGAGUAAGUUCCAUAGAAAAUGUAAUAAAAAAAAGAAGUUACUAUUUAAGAAACACCAACGAUGAAAUUGGCAGAGCCUAAGCAUUUAGAUGAGUUUGAAUUUUUUAAGAAAUUGAAUAAAAGUAUGGAUGCUGCAUCACAAAGAAAGUCUUAACGUUUAGAUAAUAUUAAAUAACGAUUACAUGGCUAAGAUGAAAUAAUUCACUAACAUCUUGAGAAGUCAAAUAAGACAAAAGAAGAACAAGAAUAAAAUAGGUUGACCUAGAUUUAUAACAAACUUUUAAAUUUAACAUAAAAAGAAUAAUAGAAGAAAUCAAAGAACAAAAUAAAAUAGAAAAAGAAAUCUUUGCAAAUAAACAUGUCCAGUAGUGAAUCUAAUAAAUAUAACAAUACAUUUAGAUAUGAAGAAUAGAGAUCAGAACCAAAUAGAACUGUUAGAUCCAUUACUUAAGAUAUCAAAUUUAUUAAUGUAAAAUAACGAUUAGAGAAACUAUAGAAUGAAAGAGAAUAGUAAGUAAAAACAAUAUUGGAUAAGCAUUAAUAAUAUUCUUAUAGGCUUCAAUAAAAUAAAUUAAUAUUAGAUGAAUUAUCUAAUACGUGUUAAUAUUAUAAUUUUAAGAUAAAAGAAUAAUAUUUGUUAUGA